AUGGCCUCUGGUGUGGCUGUCUCUGAUGGGGUCACCAAAGUGUUCAACGACAUGAAGAUGCGUAAGUCGUCGACACCAGAGGAGGUGAAGAAGCGCAAGAAGGCAGUGCUCUUCUGCCUGAGCGAGGACAAGAAGAACAUCAUCCUGGAGGAGGGCAAGGAGAUCCUGGCAGGUGAUGUGGGCCAGACUGUAGACGACCCCUACGCCACCUUUGUCAAGAGGCUGCCAGACAAGGACUGCCGCUACGCCCUCUAUGACGCAACCUAUGAGACCAAGGAGAGCAAGAAGGAGGAGCUGGUGUUCAUCUUCUGGGCCCCUGAGUGUGCACCCCUUAAGAGCAAAAUGAUCUAUGCCAGCUCCAAAGACGCCAUCAAGAAGAAGCUGACGGGGAUCAAGCAUGAAUUGCAAGCAAACUGCUAUGAGGAGGUCAAGGACCGCUGCACCCUGGCAGAGAAGCUGGGGGGCAGUGCCGUCAUCUCCCUGGAGGGCAAGCCUUUGUGAGCCCCCUCCAGCCCCCUGCCUGGAGUAUCUGGCAGCCCCAGACCUGCCCAUGGGAGCUGCAGGCCGCCCC